UGCGGGCUAGAGUUCCUGCUGGUUCUCUGUGGUCUGGAGCUAUCCUGGUCCUGCCCACACCACUGUAUCUGCUACACCGCGCCCAGUACUGUCAGCUGCCAGGCACACAACUUCCUGUCCAUCCCCGAAGGCAUUCCCCCGCACAGCGAGCGCAUCUUCCUGCAGAACAACAAGAUCCACCGGCUGCUACAGGGCCACUUCAGCCCCACCACGGUCACACUGUGGAUCUACUCCAACAACAUCACCUACAUCGAGCCCUCCACCUUCCACGGCUUCGCACAGCUGGAGGAGUUGGACCUGGGGGACAACCGUCACCUGCGCUCCCUGGCUGCAGACACCUUCCAUGGGCUGGGCCGGCUCCAUGCUCUGCACCUGUACCGCUGUGGGCUCAGUGCGCUGCCCAGUAACAUCUUCCAGGGGCUACGCAACCUGCAGUAUCUCUACCUACAGGUACACUGGCCACUUGGGCUCUAAGCACUCUGAGUCAAACGAAACAAUGCUGCAUUUUAUAUUAGAAUUUAAAAAUAUAUAUAUAUAUACCCAGGGCUGUUAAGCUGUAGUUUCUCUGUCUUACUUUAUAGUAGCCACAUACCUUAUAACCAAACAACAUUUUGGGAGGUACAGUGUUACAGAGUGCUGUAGGUGUAUAACCUCUCCAUUUUGCUGUGUUUGGCUGUUCUCAGGAUAAUCACCUGGAGUUCCUGCAGGAUGACAUCUUUGUGGACCUCCACAACCUGAGCCACCUGUUCCUGCAUGGGAACCGUCUGUGGUCGCUGCACCAGAACACCUUCCGGGGGCUGGGGGCCCUGGACCGCCUGCUGCUGCACCACAACCAGCUGCAGUGGGUGGACCGCCUGGCCUUCCACGACCUGCGUCGCCUCACCACCCUCUACCUGUUUAACAACUCACUGACUGAGCUGUCUGGAGAGUGCCUGGCACUGCUGCCUGCCCUGGAGUACCUGCGCCUCAACGACAACCCCUGGGAGUGUGACUGCAAGGCCCUGUCACUGUGGGACUGGCUCAAACGCUUCCGAGGUUCUACUUCGUCCGUAGGCUGUCAGGCCCCGGCUGAGCUGGCUGGGAAGGACCUCAAGCAGCUCCACAAGGAGGACUUCCCCAACUGCUCUGGCUCUGAGUCCCUGCACCAGAGCAAGACCUGGGCCGGGACUGAUAAGGUGUCUCUGAAGAAGGAGCCACACCCGGUGCCACCGCCUCACUCCCACCCCCACCGCCCUCACCACAACGAGGCACCACACUACCCCUCACCGCCCUCGCCUCUGCCCCAUCCGCCCCCGUCCAUAAGCGGGGAGUCCCUGGGAUCAGAGGGACAUCCUGGGGUGGCGCCCCCUCAGAGGCCAGGCCGUGCUCGGAACUGUACCCGCCAGCGUGUCAGGGGAGGCAAGGGGAAGGGGCAGAACGAGGUGCAUACCUUAAAGGAGAUGGCCGAUAAGGAAUAUUCCUCACCUGAUUUUGAAGGGGGCAAAUAUGACCACACGUCUCCGGAUGCUACCGUCACGCGGAGGAAGAAUAAGUGCCCUCCCCGGACCACUGUUCGCCCACCUAGUGGGGUGCAACAAGCCACCAAUAGGGCCAUGUUCUCCCAGCCCUUAGUACAUCUCAACGCCAUACUGGGAGCUUUGUUGCCCAUGACCAUUGCCCAUAUUCUCCGC